GAAUGUAACCCAGCCUCCCACCUUCUCCCAGCCCAGGGCCUGGCCGCCGCCAUGACAGAGGAGUCAGAGGAGACGGUCCUGUACAUCGAGCACCGCUAUGUGUGCUCUGAGUGCAACCAGCUCUACAGCUCCCUGGAGGAGGUGCUCCUGCACCAGAACUCCCAUGUGCCCCAGCAGCACUUUGAACUGGUGGGUGUGGCCGACCCUGGUGUCGCGGUGGCCACAGAAGCCGCUUCAGGCACUGGCCUCUACCAGACCCUCGUCCAGGAGAGCCAGUACCAGUGCCUGGAGUGUGGGCAGCUCCUGCUGUCACCCAGUCAGCUCCUGGAGCACCAGGAGCUUCACCUGAAGAUGAUGGCGCCCCAGGAGGCCGUGGCGGCCGAGCCGCCGCCCAAGGCGCCCACGUUGAGCUCCAGCACCAUCCACUAUGAGUGCGUGGACUGCAAGGCGCUCUUUGCCAGUCAGGAGCUCUGGCUGAGCCACCGGCAGACCCACCUCCGAGCCACCCCCCCAAAGCCUCCUGCCCCAGUUGUCCUGGGCUCCCCAGUUGUCUUGGUGCCGCCCGUGGGCCAGGCUCGCGUGGCUGUGGAGCACUCCUAUCGGAAGGCAGAAGAGGGCGGCGAAGGCGCGGCUAUCCCCGCAGCCGCUGCCUCCAGCUCCGAGGUGGUGGCUGAGGUGGAGCUGCUGCUCUACAAGUGCUCCCAGUGCUCGCAGCUCUUCCAGCUGCCGGCUGACUUCCUGGAGCACCAGGCCACCCACUUCCCCACCCCCGAGUCCGAGGAGCCCGUCCUGCAGCCUGAGCCCCUGACCCCGUCGCCCGCAGAGGGGCCUGAGCCUCCGCCAGAGCCCCUGCUGGCUUCGGACCAUAGUUAUGAGCUGCGCAAAGGUGAAGCCGUUGGGCACGACCGCCGGGGGCGCCGGGCUCGGAGGAGCAACAGUGGCGAGCCGAGCGGGACGACCACCCCCGAGCUCUUCUGCUCUGCCUGCGACCAGCUCUUCCUCUCGCCCCACCAGCUGCAGCAGCACCUGCGGAGUCACCAGGAGGGGGUCUUCAAGUGCCCCCUGUGCAGCCGUGUCUUCCCCAGCCCUGCCAGCCUGGACCAGCAUCUGGGAGACCACAGCAGCGAGUCCCACUUCCUGUGUGUGGACUGUGGCCUGGCUUUCAGCACAGAGGCCCUCCUCCUCGCCCACCGGCGAGCCCACACCCCAAACCCACUGCACUCGUGUCCCUGUGGAAAGACCUUUGUCAAUCUCACCAAGUUCCUUUAUCACCGGCGCACCCACAUGGCCGGGGGCGUCCCUCUGCCUGCGACGCCAGUCCCCCCUGAGGAGCCCGUGAUUGGGUUCCCUGAGGUGGUCCCCGCCGAGACCGGAGAGCCAGAGGCCCCAGAAGCCCCGGUGUCUGAGGAGAGCCCCGCGGGGCCUGCCACCCCGGGCACCUACCGCUGUCUCCUGUGUAGCCGUGAGUUUGGGAAGGCCUUGCAGCUGACGCGGCACCAGCGGUUCGUGCACCGCCUGGAGCGGCGCCAUAAGUGCGGCAUCUGCGGCAAGAUGUUCAAGAAGAAGUCGCACGUGCGCAACCACCUCCGCACGCACACGGGGGAGCGCCCCUUCUCAUGCCCUGACUGCUCCAAGCCCUUCAACUCGCCUGCCAACCUGGCCCGCCACCGGCUCACACACACGGGAGAGCGGCCCUACCGCUGCGGGGACUGCGGCAAGGCCUUCACGCAGAGCUCUACACUCAGGCAGCACCGGCUGGUGCACGCCCAGCACUUCCCCUACCGCUGCCAGGAGUGCGGGGUGCGGUUCCACCGCCCCUACCGCCUGCUCAUGCAUCGCUACCACCACACGGGCGAGUACCCCUACAAGUGUCGCGAGUGCCCCCGCUCCUUCCUGCUGCGCCGGCUGCUGGAGGUGCACCAGCUGGUGGCCCAUGCCGGGCGCCAGCCCUACCGCUGCACCUCCUGCGGGGCUGCCUUCCCCUCCUCCCUGCGACUCCGGGAGCACCACUGUGCAGCCGCAGCCGCCCAGGCCCCCCGGCGCUUCGAGUGUGGCACCUGUGGUAAGAAGGUGGGCUCAGCGGCCCGGCUGCAGGCCCAUGAGGCGGCCCAUGCAGCCGCCGGGCCGGGGGAGGUACUGGCCAAAGAGCCCCCUGCCCCCCGAACCCCCCGGGCUGCUCGCACACCAGUCGCCUCCCCAAUGGCUCUGGGAGGCGCUGCGGAGGCAGCCCCCCCGGCCCCCACUCAGCGCCGGGGUCUGGAGUGCAGCGAGUGUAAGAAGCUGUUCAGCACAGAGACGUCGCUGCAGGUGCACCGGCGCAUCCACACGGGUGAGCGGCCCUACCCGUGUCCAGACUGUGGCAAGGCCUUCCGCCAGAGCACCCACCUGAAGGACCACCGGCGCCUGCACACGGGCGAGCGGCCCUUCGCCUGCGAAGUGUGUGGCAAGGCCUUUGCCAUCUCCAUGCGCCUGGCGGAGCAUCGCCGCAUCCACACGGGCGAGCGGCCCUACUCCUGUCCCGACUGUGGCAAGAGCUACCGCUCUUUCUCCAACCUCUGGAAGCACCGCAAGACCCACCAGCAGCAGCACCAGGCCGCUGUGCGGCAGCAGCUGGCAGAGGCUGAGGCGGCUGUGGGCCUGGCCGUCAUGGAGACUGCAGAGGAGCCGCUGCCCCUGGUGGAGGCUAUUGAGAUUUACACGGAGGCCGAGGGCGUCCAGAUCAGUGGCUGACUCUCACCCUUGCCGGCCAUGAGGCUCCCUCGCCCUGUUGCUCAGGCUCUUCCUGGGCACCCCCUCCACCCUCUGUACAUAACGCGCCCCUCCCUCUGCUCUCAGCCACUGGGGCAUACAUUCUGUAACUGAGUUUAGUCUCUCACCUCAGGGGUCCUUGAUCUGCAUAAAGGUGCCUCUGCUCCUCCCACCCCCUCCUUUCCACCUGUCAGCAUGGGUGGCCCCAGGGCGAAGCAGCCAUUAAAUAAAGAUGGAAUUGGA